AUGCUGUUUUCGAAGCUCCAACCCGGAAGAGGAGUGUCGAACACUGUACAUAGCGGGUUGAUCCACCACAGCCUUUUGGAGUUCCAAUCAGGUACCACCCCCCCCCAAAACCUGGCUCCCCGCAAUGCUGCCACCCCCCCUUCAGAGGCUUCUAGCACCAUACCCCGCCCAACAAAAGCGGAGCGGCGGGCGCGUGCGGAAUGGAUCAACAGCCAGGCUCAUCAGAGCCCCCUCGACCGGUAUGGCAACGUGCGCUGCUUGUCGUGUGGGAAAGUCCUGGGGAGCUAUGAGGGGCUGGCUGGUCACCUUGUGACUCUGCACGAUGGGGAGAAUUCGGAAGAGAGGAGGGCGAGGGAAGCAUCGGAGGCGGUUGAUGGGGGGCGGGGGAAUCGUCGGCCCCCGGUUAUGCUCCUUGAUGGGUUGGCGCCAGUCUUAGAGGCGCUGCCCGGGGGCGCGUUAAACCGGAGUGGGGGGGGUUCGGGAAAGGGGGGCUUGGGUGGGGGGCCCUCGAACUGGAAAAGCAUUGUGACAGAGGGAAAACGUCCAAAUGGAACGAGGUCUUCUGACUUCGGGGUGUCUGCGCAAUCUGGAGAAGGACAGAAAGGUAAGACACUGAACGAGGAAAGGAAGAGUGCGGGCGAUAAGCAGCAAGGGGCGACGGAAAGAGUGCGGGUGAGUUUGUUGGCGGGGCAUGCGGCGGCGGCAAUCAGUGGGGAGGGGCACAGACCGAUUACCCAAGGGGUUAACAAGGACAAGAAAGUUGCGAACCCAAACACGGCGCAGUCGACGGGGCUGGUGGAGCGGAGGGGGAAGGAGAGAGAGCAGCCGAAGAAGAAGCGACUUUCAAAGCUGAAGAAACUCGUGCUGCAAGAGAAGGAGAUGGUUGCGCGGGAGGGGGGAAUUGCAAGCCUUGAUUCAGGGGGGGUGGCAGUUCAGUGUGAGGUGAGGGCUUCUUCAGGGGGCGCAGCGGAGACUCCUGCAGCGGACCAUCUUAUCGAGGGGGGGUCGGAGGCAGGGCCGUCUGAGGGGAGAGAUCGUGAGAGGGGAACCCGGGGUACAAACGGGUGUGGUGGUGCUGAGACGAGCGUAAGCGGAGGCGAAAAUACUGUGGAGGCUGGAGGAGCAUCCGUAUUCAAGGAAGGGGACGGUGACGGGAAGACUUGGACCGAGGCCGAAGACGACAUGACUGGACUGGUUAGAGCGCACAAACAAAAGCAGGAACCUGUGACGUACAUAGGCCCGAACGUGAAGAUAAGGUACUGCCAGCAAGUCAUUUCGCCCGAGCUGAACGCGACGUGCUUCGCGCUGCUGCAAGAGCUGCUCCGGUUCCAGGAGCGCGUGCGCGCGCAGGACCCCGCCAAGCUCAAGAUGAAGCGCCGCCUGGUUACGGGCUUCCGGGAGGUGGCCAAGUCCGUCAAGACCAAGCGCGCGGGGUGCCUCAUCGUCGCCCCCAACAUCGAAGAGACGACCGAAGACGGCGUUCUCGACACGUCGCUGGAGGCCAUUCUCGGCAGUGCACGGGAGAAUGGGGUCCCCGUCGUAUGCGCGCUAACCCGGCUUCGGAUCGCCCAGGCGUUCGGCCGGCGUGUCCGCAUGAGCAUUGUUGCAAUCCUGAGCUUCGAGGGAGCAGAUGAACAGUACAAGAGGUUGCUCGCUCUCGCAGCGGCGGGGCGGAAGGAGUGGGAAGAGGUGAACGGCAGCGGUGGGCUUUAA